AUGACUUCAACGCGGAACAGCAUCGAAUUCUUGCUUGUUUCCCCCAACCCAGACGUUGUUCGUGUGCUGUCACGUGGUUGUCACCGCGUGUAUCUGCCUGAGUUGGGCCGCAGUCGCGAAGUGGCACCUGUUUCAGCCCAGAUGGGAUCCAACUACGCGAGGAUGGAGACAGAAGGUCAGCCUGAAGGUGGAUGGAACGUUGAUGUAACGGCCAUGUCUUGUGGGUACGAGGCUGCCGCCCGCUAUCUGAGGAACUGGGCCCUCAUCCAGCGAGAUGACACCUCAAGUCCCAGUGACCCAAUCAAGCGGCUGCUUGAUGCGGUACCGCAAUCCCGCAUCACCAAGGCUCGUCUCAUUGAGGCGGCCACAAAAGGUGAUGAUGCCGGUGAGCAAGAGUGGGUGCUGCCUUCCGGCGUGGAUCUUCGAGGUCUUCCAACAUACCAGAUGCGCACUAUAUUGGAUGAUCAACGGGUUAAUGGGCGCGUGGUUUCCUGA